AAGCUCUCUGUUAAUAAGCUACCAAUAUUAAAGCUACAAGGAUCUUUCGUACAAUAAUGGAUUUUGUUUACAUCGCCGUAGAUUUCGGUCAAACCUGUAAAUGUAGUUGAAUAUGCAACAUUUCGUGUGUAAUGAAGAAGAAAAAGCCACCACAUGGGGUAUAAAUAAUGGGGUUCAACCAGUAGUGAAUAUGGGAUUAGAAGAAACAAAAAAUUUAAAAUUUGAUGACAUUAAAUAUUUUGUGAUACAAGGAAGAGCCGGAAAAAAGUUUAUCCUAAAAGGAAUAUCUGGAGAAUUCAAAUCCGGAGAACUUAGUGCAAUUAUGGGACCUAGCGGAGCUGGCAAAAGUUCUCUGAUGAAUAUUUUGGCAGGAUACUGCACAAGAAAUGUUAUUGGUGAUGUUUGCAUUGGAUCUUCGCCUAGAGACUUACAGCUUUUCAGGAAAAUGUCAUGUUACAUAAUGCAAGAUGAUUUGUUACUACCCCACUUAUCCGUCCAUGAAGCUAUGAUGUGUAGUGCCAACCUGAAGUUAAGUGAAAAAACUGACUGUGCAUCUAAAAGAAAGAUAGUUGAUAAUAUUAUAAACCUUCUUGGCCUAAGAGAAGCUGUACAUACUCGAACUUCACAAUUGUCUGGUGGUCAAAAGAAGAGAUUGGCUAUUGCUCAAGAAUUGGUAAACAACCCUCCGAUAAUGUUUUUUGAUGAGCCCACAAGUGGUUUAGAUAGUGCUUCAUGUUUUCACUGCAUCUCAUUGUUACGUCGUUUGGCACGUGGUGGUCGAACCAUAAUUUGUACAAUACAUCAACCAAGUGCAAAAAUAUUUGAGCUAUUCGAUCAUUUAUACUUCCUGACUGAUGGACAUUGUAUCUAUAGAGGACCUGUUUCAUGUUUAGUUCCCUAUCUGGCAUCACAAGAUCUAAUCUGUCCAUCUUAUCAUAAUCCUGCUGAUUAUUUUAUGGAAGUGGCUUGUGGUGAAUAUGGUGAUAAUUAUAUGCGUUUAGCAAUGUCUGCACGUUGUGGAACACUAGAUCAAAUUGUAAAUCAUUUAAAAAAGAAAACUAUUUCUCAUGGCACAACAAUGAUUCAGACAGAUGAUGAAUGUCCAAUAGAUAAUAGUCAGAUCAUUUCUGACAUUAAUCCCUCCAAGGAACUUGGCUCUACAUCAUCGUUAUCACUUUGUUCACCGAUUAUGAAACAUGAUAGCAGAAGAAAAAGUGUUAAAAAACUUGUAAAUUGUCAAGAAUCAACAUCACGAAUAGAAAUGUCCGUACUUCUACCUCAUCUUAAUGGUCCUAUACAUACUAUAGAUCAAGGUUUAAACAGUACAGAUUGUAUAAAAUAUGAUGAUCCCAGUCGAGAAUUCGCUGCAAACCAGAUAACUCAAUUUCGGGUCCUAUUCGUAAGAAAUAUCAUUUCUAUUAUGCGUGAUUCGACAUUAACACAUCUACGUUUUGUUUCACAUAUUGUUGUUGGAUUAUUAAUCGGUGUUUUAUAUUUUCGUAUUGGUAAUUUGGGUUAUGAAGUGAUAAGUAAUGCAGCAUUUGUAUUCUUUACUUUGUUAUUUCUUAUGUUCGCUUCAUUGAUGCCAACUGUGAUGACCUUUCCACUUGAAAUAUCAAUAUUCUUCCGUGAACAUCUAAACUCAUGGUACAGUUUAAAAGCUUAUUAUAUGGCAAAAUCAUUAGCUGAUGUACCAUUCCAAAUAUUUUUCCCGAUUGUUUAUGCUAGUAUUACAUAUUGGAUGACUGAACAACCAAAUGAUACUUCAAGAUUUAUUCAAUUUCUUAUCAUAUCAGUUCAAACAUCAUUAGUUGGUCAAUCAUUAGGUCUUGUCAUUGGUACAGCUACUUCAUUACAGGUUGCUGUAUUUUUAGGACCUGUAACAGGUAUUCCAAUAUUAUUAUUCUCUGGAUUUUUUCUCAAUUUAUACGCUAUACCAAAGUAUUUACAAUGGAUUUCAUUCUUAUCAUUUACACGAUAUUCAUUUUCAGGUGCACUUAAAAUUAUCUAUGGAAACAAUCGAACAGAUCUUGAUUGUGAUCGUAAACGAAUGACUAAAAUGAGUUAUCCUUGUCUUGGUAAACCUACAAUGAUAUUUCAAGCAUUAAAUAUUCCAGAUUAUAAUGUUUCUGUUGAUUUCGGUGUAUUAUGCAUCUUUUUUUUAUUUUUACGAAUACUUGGCUAUUAUAUUCUUCGAUGGCGUGUACGUCGUCGACGUUAAUCAUAAUACAAUAAAAAAAAAUAUCUCUCUUCCAAAUAUAUAAUUCAUAUACUAACAGAAUAUUGUACACAAUAAAUUUCCUCGAAAUUUUCAUUCUUCCUUACACAUUUUUACUUCAGUGUAUCUAUCUGUAUGUGAGUGGCUAAAACAUGUCAUAUAUAUAAAUAUAUUCUUUACCUCUUAUUCUUAGGAGAUUUCAUUUUUCUUCAGGUUGUAUUUACUCAUCUGUUCCUCAUGUUGAUCAGGUUAGAUAAGACAAUAUGAAUUUAAUUAAACAUGAUUGGUGAGUUUGAAAAUGUGAAUGGAAUUUUGUCAUUGGUUAUUAUUAUUAUUGCAUUUCAUGCCAGUCAAUCAAUAUUGUUUUCUUUGAUUGUAAACUACUCUUAUUGGCAUUUUUUUGUUUACUACUAUUGUUCAAAUUAAUUGUGUUUUGUUUUUUUUUUCUAUAUAUAUAAAAGGCAAAUGAACUUUUCCAACUGAGUUUUACUUAACAGAUUAAUGUUAUUUUUUCUUCAAUAAUCCAUAUUCCAUGAUUGAAAUGAAUUAUAUUUAUUUGAGUUUUGAUUGAAUUUAGUGCUGAAUCAAUCUUCGCUUAUUGUAUUAUGUUAUCAUUAAAUGAAAAUAAAUGCUCUUUUCCAAUCAUCACUAUGUGCAUUCAUAGUGAUAUUGAUUUUUAUUUUCUUCUCUCCUUCUCAUAUGUUGACUAAUUUUAUCAAUGUCAAUGAUUGAAUUUUUCAUUUUAAUCAUCAAGUCGAGCAAUGAAUUAUUAUUUGCAAUUAUGAUCCCCAAUUGUUUAUUUACUCCUCUUUCAUUUUCAUCAAAUGAAAGAUUAUUCUGUGAAUAAUACUGAUAUUCCUUUUUUCAUUUUAUCUCAAUUUCUAUUAGGUAAAAUGAAAUGUUUGUUUUUUUUUCCCGCUUGUCUGGCUGCCAUCUUGAUUUUAUUCUUCUCUAUACUAUCAAUCAUUUUGUUUAAUAUUUCAUCAUUUCCUCAUGUAUAUUUAUGUAGACAAGAGUUUACAAUUGAUUAUUAUGAAUUGUAUUAAAUUUAAUAUACAACAUGCUUUAAGUGAUUAUUGUAAUUUAAUAUGUGAAUUAUUGAUAGAAUAAUGAGAAUGA